CCGCUCCGCUGCUCUGCCGCUCCGCAUCGAGUGAGCGGCGGAUCCCGAAGGAACAUCUGUCAAACCGAGGACGCCUGUCGUCAUGGUCACGUUGUCUGACGUAACGCAGUGAACUGCCCUGGAGCCAAUGGAAGCCCUUUCUCCUCCAAGCUUGUCUCCCAGGGCAUUCCAUGUUGACAACAUACGUGGAAAAUAACCACCUCAGCUGUGCUGCUAUUAAAAGAGCUCAAAUCCCAGAGUAUUGCUGCAGCGGGUCGACCCAAUGUCCUGCUGUGCCGAGCCCAGCAGCCUCAGGUCCUCAGGAGGCGGAUCGAAGCAAAACCUGCAGAAGCUGGGAAAGCAUGCUGCGUCUUUUUAAUGACGCCAAACAUCUUCAGAUCACCCAGCAGGACAUGAACCUCGCAUGGGCCACCAGUGCCUUCCUGGUGCCAUGUGUGGUGGUGCUGACCGCCGGGUUCUUCUACCUCUACGGGGCGGUUCUCGCUCUGCUGUCCAAAACAUCUGUGCGCAACAAAGUGGUGAUCAUAACGAACGCUUUGUCGGAACUGGGGAAAGAAUGUGCAGGCGUGUUUCACCGAGGAGGCGCCAGGCUGAUCCUUUGUGGGAAAAGCUGGGAGAAGCUUGAAGAACUUGCGGAUGACUUGACGGAUGGUUCUGAUCCCACGCUCACGUUUCCCCCUAAGCUGGUGCUGCUGGACUUUGGGGACGUGGACGGCACGGCAGAGGCCGUCUCCGAGGUUCUGGAGUGUUACGGCUGCCUGGACAUCCUCAUUUUCAACAGCAGCAUGAAGGUCAAAGCUCCUGCGCAGACCCUGACUCUCGAGACGGACAAACUCCUCAUGGACAACAACUACUUUGGGCCCAUCACGUUGGCUAAAGGUGUGCUGCCCUCCAUGAUCUCCAGGAGAAGCGGUCACCUGAUCCUGGUCAACAGCAUCCAAGGAAAGCUAGCGGUCCCUUUUCGGACGGCAUACGCAGCCUCCAAACACGCAGUUCAGGCUUUCUUCGAUUGUCUGAGAGCAGAGGUGGAGGAGUACGGCAUCUCAGUGAGCACCAUUAACCACACGUUCAUCGGCCGGUCUUCCUCCAACACCAAACCCCCCAAAUCCUUCAUGUCCCCGCUGUUCACCAAAAAGCCUCUUGGUGUUUCUCCGGACGAGGCGACGGCGGAGAUUAUGAAGACGUUGAGUAACAAGAAGAAGGAGGUCCUGAUGGCGCCUUCCCUGCCCAAGCUGGCCGUUUACGCCCGCUCCUUUUUCCCCGGCGUUUUCUUCUCCGUGAUGGCAGCGGGAGUGAACAACUCUGCUGCUUCUGAACAGACGUGAAGCUGCUGCUGCUGCUGAUGAUCAGUGCUGCAGAUAAACACGCUGCAAAGUCGGAAAAGUAGUCUUUUGAAAAGUUCAGACUUGUUUUCUUCAAACAUUUAUCAGGAUUAAGCUUAAUUCCACAUUAGGGUGUAAGUUAGCCUUUUUCCAUUUACUCGUCUUAUUUGUUUAUGUCUACAUAUAAUUAAAUCAUCCAGAUUUCCUUUGUUUUGCACCAGAUCUUCAGGUUUGUUUGCUUUUCUGAGGUACGCCUGAUUUUGCUGGAACUCAUAUUUCUGGUUUUUCGGUUUUGAACUUUGUGUUUAGAUUUUGCAUUUAUGAAUUGCUGUGAUUUGUUGGUUUAUCCCGUGUGUGUGGUGUCCUGCAUUUGGAUCCAAAUAAAGAAGCAGCUUUCAGUUCUAAUGUAAGGACUUUUAAAACUUUGCAUUUAAGUGUGUAUCUUCUAAAUUCAAUAAGGAAACACAAAAAUAAACAUUUGUCAAAAGUA